GCUGUUUUCAAGUGUGCGAAAACAAAAAAAAAACAGAAAGAUACAAAAAGUGUGCCCAGAAGCAAUUAAAGCAACAACAAUAUAAAAAUGCCGCCAGCAUUAAUUGGCAUCUCCGAGUUUGUGGAGGAGACGCGCGAUGAUUACAAUUCGCCCACCACCUCCACCUUUGCGUCCCGCAUGCCGGAUUGCCGUCAAACGAUUAGCAUAUUGGAAGAGCGUCUGGAGUUCGAUCGCGAGGGCCUCACCAAGCUAAAGAAGGCCGUCAAAGCCAUACACAACUCGGGCAAUACUCAUGUCGACAAUGAAAUGUUCAUGGUGCGCGCGCUGGAGCGUCUGGGCGGCAAGGUCAUUGAUCAGGAUGAGCCCGACAUUGGCGCUGCGUUUCUCAAGUUCUCUGUGGUCACCAAAGAGCUAAGUGCGCUGAUGAAAACACUGAUGCAAAACAUCAACAACAUUGUGAUGUUUCCGGUGGAUUCGAUGCUAAAGAGCGAGCUGCGUGGCGUUAAGGGCGACAUGAAACGCCCCUUCGAUAAGGCGGCCAAAGACUACGAAGCCAAGUUUAUCAAAAUCGAGAAAGAGAAAAAGGCGCAGGCCAAGGAGGCGGGCAUGGUGCGCACAGAGAUUGAUGCUGCUGUGGUUGCCGAUGAAAUGGAAAAGGAGCGUCGCCUCUAUCAGCUGCAGACCUGCGAGUAUCUGCUCAAGUACAAAGAGAUCAAAACAAAAACUGGCAUUGAGCUGCUGCAGCACUUCAUCGAGUAUUAUCACGCGCUGAAUAAUUACUUUAAAGAUGGCUUGCAAACGAUCGAACACUUUGGCACGUACAUCGGCGAUCUGAGCGACAAGCUGCAUGUGAUCAAACUGAAGCAGGACGAGGACAGGCGCAGCCUAUUGGAUUUGCGAACGUUGUUGCGCAGCACACCGGAUUUUGAGCGUGUCGAUAAUGUGCCGGCCUCGGAGAAUCGAAGCGGCGGUGGUGCGGGUGCCGGCUACUCGCUGCAUCAGCUGCAGGGCGACAAACAUCACGGGGUGACACGUCAGGGUCAUCUGCUCAAGAAGAGCGAGGGCAAGGUGCGACGUGUGUGGCAAAAGCGUCGUUGUCGUGUCACCAGCGAUGGCUUCUUGGAUAUUUUCCAUGCGGACGAAUCGAAGCCGCCGACGCGCGUCAAUCUGCUCACUUGCCAGAUCAAGCCGGUGCCAGAUGACAAGCGCGGCUUCGAUUUAAUCAGCUACAAUCGACCGUAUCAUUUUCAAGCGGAAGACGAAACGGAUCAGAAGGCCUGGAUGGCUGUGCUGGUCAACUGCAAGGAGAAGGCUCUGACCAAGGCCUUUCAGCAUGCCAAUCCCCAGAUGAGCCCCAGCCUGGUGGAGCUGCAAAAGACAGUGAUUCGCUAUGUGCAACUGUUGCCGGGCAACGAUAGAUGCUGCGAUUGUGGCUCACGCAACGAUGUCACCUGGAUUAGCUUGAACUUUGGCAUACUCGUCUGCAUUCAGUGCUCGGGUGUGCAUCGCGAUCUGGGCGUGCAUCAUUCGCGCAUACAGAGCCUGACGCUGGACAAUCUGACUACGGCGAAUCUGUUGAUAGCGCGCGCCAUGGGCAACAGCACAUUGAAUGACAUUAUGGAGGCCAAGUUGGGCCGGGGCAAACUCAACCAUGAGAGCAGCAUGGAGGAGCGAUACGAUUUCAUUCGCGCCAAAUAUGUGGCCAAGCGUUAUGUUAUGCGCACCUGUGCCGAUGACAAUGACCUGCGCUGCGAUCUGGAGCAGGCGAUUGUCAAUGCUGAUAUGAGUCAACUGCUCCAGGUUUGGGCCGAGGGCGCCGAUCUCACCUGCUGUUUGCCCAGCUCCGAUGCGGGCGAAACAGCCCUUCACUUGGCUGUGCUGCGCGAGGGCGGCUCAACGCUGCACAUCGUUGAUUUUCUCAUACAGAAUAUGCCGCUCAAGGGCUUGAACAAGGCCACCAAUCCGCCCGGUCUGCUAGAUGUGACCGGCAAAAAUACGCCGCUGCAUCUAUGCGCCCUGCACGAUCGUCGCGAGUGCAUGAAACUGCUUUUGCGCUCCGGCGCUGACUAUGAGCUCAGAAACUCACAGAACAAAACAGCGCUGGACAUUGCCAAAGAAAUGGGUCACAACAGCUGCAAGGAGCUGAUUGAAUGUGCCAUAAAACGGGAGAAAAGCGCUUUCGAUCACAUCAAUACCGAUUGGAAUCUGCCCAACGAGGAUGGAUCCACUGAUUUCAGCGAUGACGAAACUGUCAUCGAUGAGCGCAAGUCUCGCUCACGUCCACCCAGCUUUGCUGGUGGCGACUCGCCAGUGAUGCGCUCACGCUCCUCCACUUGCGAUUCCAUACAGUCCAGUUCUAGUCCAAUUGCCAAUUGUCCGAGCCGCCAAUUUACGCUGCCCAGCUAUACGCAAUCCGCAGGCACCUCGCCCAAGCAGCAUACGAAUGUUGGCCAAUAUUUGGGCAGUGGCAACAAUUUGGGUGUUGGCAGCAGCAGCAGCAACAGCGGCAACGGUGGAGGUGGCUCUAGUCCCAGCUCCGCUUGUAGUCAAAACAUGCGCGGAACUCGCAACAGCUUAAACAUGCAAAGUGAACUGGCACAUGUGACGGGUGCGCGCAAAUCUACGUCCACAGCGAACAUGAACUCGCUAAAGAAGCGCGCAGCCCCAGCACCGCCGCCCGGCACAUUGACUGGCGCUCCGACAAGUAUAUUCUAUGGCACACUGCCGCAUCCGCCCAGGCAUUCGCAGAACAUGGAUGCCAACGAUAUACGCUCCAUCAAUCACAAGAAUCAGUCAAUGGACGUAGCAUAUGGCACGCUGCCGCACAUGCGUAGCGUAGAGAACUCGCCGAGGAUAACAGGCGGAGGCAGUGGAGCGGGUGGUGGCGGUGGCGGAGGCGGUGGCGGAGGCAGUGGCAGUGUUGGUGGCAAUGGCAGUAAUAGCAGCCUCAUGCCCAUGACUACCUUUGGGCAUAAACGUUCACCAAGCGGCGAGUCGCUGAAUCGUAAUAUUCAUCUGGCGGGUGCCAAGCUUGUGCUGCCGCCUACCGGAGAGUUGCCUACGCUGAAGCAUGUGGACAAAUCGGCGCUGAUGAGACCCAAAAUACCGCCGCCCGGUCCGCCUGCAGAGCGCGAUAUACCAAAUGGUCAGUCCAACGAAAGCAUCAGCUCCAUGGAUGAGGGCCCCAUUGCGCCGCCACGCAAGCGCAAACAACAAAACUUAUUGAGAUUAGAGCAUUCCAGCGAGGAAACGCUCAUCAAUCAAUCCGCCAAUUUCACCGAUUACGAGUCCUGGCAUACGGAUAUGGACUCCUCUGGCGGCGGUCUGGAUCAUUCUGCCGAAUCGAAUAUAUCGUCUAGCGAUAAUGAUAGGCUCAACUCUUCUCCCGAUAAUCAGGUGAAAAAUGCAAGUGGCGUCGGCUCCGUGGGCAAAUUACACUAUAAUGGACAGCGUCGCUGUGAAGCUCUGUACGAUUGCGUUGCGGACAACGAUGAUGAGCUGGAAUUCAAGCAGGGUGAAAUAUUGAUCGUGCUCAAUGAGCGCACCGAUGAUGAGAAUUGGAUGGAGGGCAUCAUUGAAGGUCAUCCGGCGAGGCGUGGCAUGUUUCCCGUUAGUUUUGUACAUAUGCUGCCAGACUAAAUGGCAGACCUGUUUGUCUGAGUAUUUGUGUGUGAGGCUGAAAGUUUGCUUGUGUGCGCGCAUGUGUACGAGUGUGAGUGUGUAUUAUACAAAAACCAGAUAUUAUUUAUUACAGUUUUUUUAACACAACAACUACAAUUGUAUGUAUUUAUUUUUUGUUUACUCUGUUGUAAACACACACAACUUUGUGUCUCAAGCUAUAAACGUAAAUCAAAUAAUUUACAAAUCAUUAUUUUUAAACGCAAACCUAUUAAAAGUAUACUACACUUAUAUGUAAACACUUGCAAAUUAUGUACUGUGUAUAUUUAAUUGAUAUUGAUACCCCUUUUAAAGCAUAUACUAUAAGUAGGCGCCGCUUUGAAUUGCUUUUACAAACCGAAUAUGUCCUGCAAAUGUGUUAUAGGCUAAAUUUUCAGCUAACCAAUCAUCAUCAUAUAAUUAACUUACCUUACUUGCUAGCCAGAACAUCACGCUGUCCUCAAAAGUUAAACUCCAUUCGCGUUUAAAAUGGAAAUCGAAAAAUGAUGAAAUUAUGUAUUAAUAUGCUUAACAAUACGCUGCCAUAUACAUAUACAUAUGUACUAAAAAUAAAACAGCCGACCUGGUCAGGCUUCUUAAAUUACAUGAACUCAUAUGCAAAUUAUGUAAUACUGUUGAUGGAUUUAAAUGAAAGUUUAUAAAACAACGUUAAUAAAAAGUUUACUCAGAUUAAA